AUGGCAGCAGAGAAGAAAGCUCAUUCCGAUCUCUUGGAGGACGACGAAGCCCAUCGGAUUUCCUCAGCUGCGUCUGAAUCUUCUGUAGGAGGCGUGCAGGCGCUUCAACCGCCGCACAUGUCGGUGGCCUCAGGAGAACCCUCAGCAAGAGACGCAGCCGCACAGCCGUAUUGUUCACCAAUAGCAGCCUCCACGACUCCCUUAACCAAUGAUGCAGUCGCAAACUGUCCAAUGGCGUACACCCUUUGCGGAGAUCUUCGCUCGAACUUAGACGGGAAGCCAAACGGUGCUGCAAUGGCUUCAAUAUCUGGUACUGCUGGUGUUGCUGUUGGCCUGCCGUACUUCUCCCUGAGCAGUGAACCAGCAGUCGUUCAGCAAGAUAUGGUGAUACUUCCUACCUCUGCCGGAGAUCCGUCCCUAGUGGAUGCUACCAGUGCAACAAGUGCCGCAGCAGGUGCACCAGCAACAUCAUCAGCCUCUACUGAACCCUCUUCCUUCGCCACUCAGCAAGAUAGUAGCAGCAGUCUUUCGGCAGCGAAUUCCAAGUCAGCGGUGACCCUAGAGUUGCUGGAGUGCGGCGUUUGCCUGGAGCGCAUGCAACCGCCUAUCUACCAAUGCAGGGAGGGGCACACGUUGUGCUGCAACUGCCAGCAGCGGCUGACCAGCUGCCCAACUUGUCGCUCUCCAGAGCUCAAUAUUCGCUGCAGAGCGCUUGAGUUACUGGCGCAAUGCCUUACCGACAUUCCCUGCCGCUUUUCGAACUUCGGGUGUCCGUACACCUUGAAGUACAGCGAGUUGCAGCAGCACGAGGCGCGCUGCCUCAGGAGACCGCUGGCCUGUUUGCAUGCAGAUAGUGGCUGCGCCUUUGAAUCCACGCCGCAACAACUGGCGGAGCACCUGCUGCAGCAGCACGGAUACGAAUAUUUUCCAACCAGCACCAUUUACUUUGUAUGCACUCCCAGCAACUGCAGAGGGUCCAAGCGACUUCAAGCGUUGAAGAAUAGCGGCCAAAGCAACAACACUGGCACUAAUAACUCAGAGCCUGCCGUUCCUGGUGGUGCGGGUCAUCAUGAUAACGCACACAUGCACAACCACGCAGACGAGGAACCAGCGUGCACGUUGGACGGCUGUGAAUCUUUCUUGUGGCAACAGCACCUAUACCAUUGUUAUGGCAAGUAUUUCGUGUUGCGUGUACAUCGAAGAGUGGAGGGAGAAGCCGCCUUUUAUCUUUCCCUCCUUGCCCUACAUCCCCGACACCACUGCAGCCGCUACUCGUUGCAAGUGUCGGGCAAUCACCGAUCGUACUCCUUCCACGGUCCCGUAUGGUCUGCCACCCGUGGACCUAAAGAGCUCGAGAGGGUGAAGGAUUGCCUGAUGCUACCAGAAAACAUCGCACUGUUCCUCUCGGGAGCCAAGGGCAGUGAGCAGAAUUUGAAUUCUAUCAACCUCAGCAUAACUGGGGAGAUUCUCCCGCAUUCGUUUGCCUCGGAUAAACCAAGCUAA